GAGACAGAGAGGAAGGUCUUCCUUUGCCGUUGGUUCACCCUCCAAUGGCCGCCGCGGCCGGCACACUGCGCUGAUCCGAAGGCAGGAGCCAGGUACUUUUUUAAACAUUUGAGAAACAGAGACCUUCCAUCUGCUGGCUCACUCCUCAGUAGCCCAACGACCGAGGCUGGACCAGGCCGAAGCCAGGAGCUCCUCCCGGUCUCCCAGGUUGGUGCAGCGUCCCAGGCACUCGGACCAGCCUCCGCUGCCUGCUGGGCGCAUCAGCAGGGACCUGGGCCUCCGAGCGGGGCCCCUUCGGGAUGCGGGCCUGGCGCACUGCAGGCCGUGGCUUUUACUCGCUGAGCGCUGGAGUCGGACUGGAAGCUAAGCUUGCUUCUCAAGCAUGGGAUGCCUCACCCAAACAGCAAAGUUGGGGGUAACCGAUUUCAGAGCCACGUUUAAGCGUCGUCCCUCGAGGGAGCCGCUCGGUCGCUAAGGACGUACUGCAGUGUAUCCUGGGGGGAAUCUGCUUCUGUUCCAAAUUUGAGCUGAUUUUUAGCAUUACGGAGCCUGGAUGAGAGGAACUAACUCCACUGUGCGACAGAGCUGUCUCAGGGCCCUCGGCUUCACUUUUCCCGCCUUUUUUGUUUUGUUUACGCUCAUAAAUGAAGCCACUUACGCACCUUAAUGAUUUCAAUGGUUUCUGCGGUGGCUCUUGUCUAACAGAACGGAACACGUAGUAUUAGUUGACGGGGCACGGAGUUGGGCUUGGGCUGGCUGCCCCCGGCAUCGCCAUCAGUGACGAUGCGUUCCACUACAAGUGCAAAAAGUCCAAAUUCCUCUCCCGAUUUCCAUACACCUCCUGCUUCCGGAAGCGCUUUAAGCUGCCGGCCACCGCAGGAAGACGGAUGACACCGGGCGCGCUCUGGUGACGCAAGCACCGCGCCGGAAGUGCGACCCGACAGCUUCCCGGCUCUGUCAUGGCGGCUGCGGUGGCUCGUUGGAACCAUGUGUGGGUCGGCACCGAGACUGGGAUCCUGAAAGGGGUGAACCUUCAGCGAAAACAGGCGACGAACUUCACGGCCGCGGGACAGCCGCGGCGCGAGGAGGCAGUGAGCGUCCUGUGCUGGGGCGCGGGCGGCGAGACCCAAAUCCUGGUGGGGUGCGCGGACGGGACGGUGAAGCGCUUCGGUACCGAGGAAGGAGUAUUCCAGGGACAGAGGCACUGCCCCGGCGGGGAGGGCGCGUUCCGGGGCCUCGCCCGGGCCGACGACACCCUCAUCACAUGUGUGGAUUCUGGGAUCCUCAGAGUGUGGCGUGACAACGACAAGGAGGCCCCCUCUGACCCGCUCCUGGAACUGAGGGUGGGCCCUGGGCUGUGUAGGAUGCGCCAAGACCCAGCACGCCCCCAUGUGGUUGCCACAGGUGGGAAGGAGAAUGCUCUGAAGGUGUGGGACCUGCAGGGGUCUGAGGAACCCGUGUUCAGGGCCAAGAAUGUACGGAAUGACUGGCUUGACCUGCGUGUUCCCAUCUGGGACCAGGACAUACAGUUCCUCCCUGGGUCACAGAAGCUUGUCACUUGCACAGGCUACCACCAGGUCCGUGUCUACGACCCAGCCUCCCCCCAGCGCCGGCCAGUCCUGGAGACCACCUAUGGAGAGUACCCGCUGACAGCCAUGACCCUCACUCCUGAGGGCAAUUCUGUGAUUGUGGGAAACACUCACGGGCAGCUGGCGGAAAUCGACUUGCGGCAAGGGCGCCUGCUGGGCUGUCUCAAGGGACUGGCGGGCAGUGUUCGGGGGUUGCAGUGCCACCCUUCAAAACCCUUACUGGCCUCCUGUGGCUUGGACAGAGUCUUAAGGAUACACAGGAUCCGGAAUCCUCGAGGCCUGGAGCACAAGGUUUAUCUCAAGUCUCGACUGAACUGCCUGCUCCUGUCAGGCAGGGAUAACUGGGAGGAUGAACCCCAAGAGCCUCAAGAGCCCGGUGAGCUGCCCUCAGAAGACAGGGAGACGGAUGAACUUUGGGCAUCUUUGGAGGCAGCUGCCAAGCGCAAACUCCCUGAUUCGGAGCCGGCGCAAGGGGCUCUCCAAAGCAGACGGAGAAAAAAGAAGCGCGCUGGCUCCACCAGCCCUUGAAGACCCUGUGCCCGUUUUGUAAAUAAACAGCUCAAUACCCGCA